AUGAGUGUUAAUAGUGAUCGUGCACCUGCCGAACGUGCAUUUGCAAGUGCUACAGAUGUAAAAACAACGAAGGCUGUCGCUGUAGAAGUAGGAAUUAGCAUGAUUACCGUGAGCCGUAUAAGGAAGGAAAACUGUGCCGCUGCCGCCAAUACUGCCCUGACCAAACGAGGUCGCCCAGGCAAGCUUUCUCGUCGCGAUAAGACGUGGAUUGUCCGUCAAGUAACAUCAGGUCAGGCAGACAAUGCCGUGCAAGUCGCGAAGGCUCUUCGAGACAACGAUGGCAACCAGCGCGUGAGUUCUAAGACUGUACGUCGCGCGCUUAAAAAAUCAGGAAUGAAGGCAAUAGUAAAGAAAAAAAAACCGCUUUUACUCCCGCGCCACAUAAAAGCACGGAAACGUGUCGUCUACUCCGGCGAGACCAAAAUCAACCGCCUGGGUUCCGAUGGACGUGAAUGGGUGUGGAAGAAAGCUGGUGCGCCGCUGGAGAGCCGUCACGUGAAAGGGACGCUCUACGUCAGCAUUUUGGAAGAUGAGUUCCAACAAUCGAUCGAUUAUUACGGACCUCAACCCCAUCGAGCAUCUUUGGAUGCAUCUGAAAAAAAGCUAAACAGCUAUGAGGAGGCCCCUAAAGGGAUCGAGAAGCUUUGCCCAGGCGUAUCGAGGCAGUGUAUAAGGCAAAGGGAGGUUAUGUCAAAUAUUAGAUAG